AUGUCAUCCCCUCCUCUCGUCGAAUGGGAUUCUUCCCUCUUCAGCGAUCUUCAGCAUCUCCUCGGUAGGGUGAUCACACAGCCCACUACAUCAACGUUGAGGAAAUUAUAUGGGAAGCUGGAAGAAGCUCACCCGUGGCUUUUGAAUCUCACUCAAUUGCCAGGACAGAAUGAUGCGGAUAAACAGCAUAUUGAGAAAAACCCCAUACAACUGACAUCAGGUACAUCAGUACAUAUAACUGGUGAUCUCCUAACGACCACCAACACCAUUUCCAAUGCCUUAUCCCUUUCUCAACUUCUAUCUGCUGUUCUUGCUUCACAAGCUGAAGAACAGCGAUUCCAGUAUCCUUCUAGAUCAACACCUGAAGUAGCAGUAUACCUCUUACAUCGAUGGGAAACUGAUAUGCUCGAUUUCCUCCGGGAACUACUCCGUACGGUACUAUCACCCGAUGUUGAGAUAAGAGGAGCAUUCGAAUCGCUCAGAGACUGGGUAUUGGAACUGUUAAAUACUAGAGUAUCAUUAGGUCAGGGGAAAGGCGAAGGAGCAUUGGUCGAUCAGAUAGUAGUUCAGCUAGAUCAGAUUCAGAGUAAGAUUGAUAAUUUGCUAAGAUCCGGUUCUGCCGGAGGAGCAGAUUAUGAUCUCCUGAAGUUUAGAGUAGAAGCCUUACGAGCUGAACAGAAUAAGAUGAGUAGUAUAUUGGCGAUCAUAGCGGAAAGUGGUCAUUUAGGAAGAGGUCAGGUAGUAAGGAUAUUGAAAUGGUUGAAGAAGUGUGAAAGAGCGGAUGGAUUAGCACUUAUUGUAGUCAGCUCUCUUUUCGCCGCUUGGAAACCUCUUGAAGCCAUUGACGCUUCUGAUCCCCGUUAUGAUGUCGCCGAAGACUGGUGUCAUGAUAUCAAAUUCCUCAAAAUCGUUUCCAGCUUGACGAUCCAAGACCAAUGGUUGAUACCGAAACUUCGAGAGACAGUCAAAAUCGCUUGGUCUCUAUUCUACCUCUCUUGCCUUCGACACGAUCCUAGCGUUGUUCAGACCGGUAUCGAUGCCCAUCAAAUGGAACUUUUCCUGUUAGAAGCUGUUAACGGGGAAUCUUUCCAGUUCACGUACGACCAUGUCCUUGCCAUUCGCCGAGAAAGAGGAUUAGAAGAACCAGACGAAGUCAAAGAAGCGAAUCUGGAUGCUUUGGUGAAAGUAGCAAUCGCUUCUGACUCAAGUAACGAUACCUUCCUGUUCGAACAGCUGCGAGACUUGGUCGAUCUGCUUGCUGGCAGAAAGCAGUUUCUUAGAACUUUGCGCAAUAAAGAAGAGGAUGCCGCUGUCCGACGAUCUCAAUCGACCCCUCCACCCGCCAACUAUCAAGGCUUCCUCGCCCUCGUGGCUAUCAUCUACAAAUCGCUCCCUCCUGAUAGUGCUGAGGACCUAUGGGAUAAUUCAACUUUUCUUGGUACCGUCCUUGACACCCGUGGUGGCUUCCCUGGUCCAGCUUUCUGGGAAAUGCUCGCAGCUAUUUCGACUGGUCCAUCAUGUUCAGCAAAAUCAUACGAGAAGAUGAAAGAUACCCGUCUACCAUGGACGGCUUUGUUCAAAUUCUACCAACAUUACAUCGAUAUCAUGCCUCACAUCUUCGAGCCAAUCAAGACCACCCGAAACACCUCACUCGAUCCCAUGCCUCACGAUGAAGCGCAAAUUUGCAACGGCUGGACUAAAGUUCUGACGACUGUCGUGCGGUGGUCCCCUGCCGCUCGAGGCGCACUCCUUCAAGCCAAGCCCCAUCCCGUCCAGACGCUGUUCGACUUCCUCAAUUGCGAAAAUCUCCCAUUUGAACUCAAGGCUACCAUUUUAGGCGCUGUCACUGCAUUCUGCAAACGUACGGGUGAUCCUAUUGAUGACGAUGUUCUUAGCAAAGCAGUCGAGUACUACGAGAAGAUCACUUUCCGUGAUCCUGGUUUGGACACUCGUCAUCUCGAUGGUGCCAAGAUACCCCCUCCGGUCGGCUGGCUCGCUAAGAUGGAGUAUUCUGAGCAAGAUGCCAGCUCUUAUCCUCUUAGUCGAGCAUACAUCGACUUCCUCACUUCCUUACUUCCCGAUCCAGCUACUUCCGAUUUACCUACACCAUCACGUGGUCGGUUGGUGAACACCCUGCGCCGAGGUACAUUCUAUAUUAUAGAUGGAAUACUCCUCACCCUAAAGAUCCGGCGAUACGCUCGAGAUAGCGAAAGAUGGGAAGUGAUCGAUUCCUUAUCGGCUUUCUUCGAGAAAGCUUUGCUAUCCUUCAACAUGGGAGAACUGCUGAAUCCAGCCAAUAGUCGAGCAAUCGGUCAAAUAGCUUCAACAUUGGCAGAAGAACCUGGGUUCGUCAUCUUGCUCCGACUUUUGUCCGAUGCAAACGUAUUCGCCGUCUUCGCAUCAGUCCUUGACAACGCUUCCGCAACCCCUUCUCCUCGACCUACAAUAGUGAAUGACGUACUCCUUCGUAUGCUCCGAAUAUACCAUCGAGUACAUGAUAUACAACUAGUAUUCGUCGAUGUGCUUCUUCUGACUCUUGCCGAUCCAACUCGAAACCCCAGUAAUCCUUUCAAACGACCCUAUGGCUUGCAGAGUCUCGACAAUCAUCUGCUCGCCCAUCUCAGCAACAUCAACGCGAUCGCUUUACUAGUAGGAGACGAUGAUUCUGCAAUCUCCUAUCUUAGUGUCAAAAUACUAGCUGCAUUAGCUCAAUCACCCGUGUUCAGCCGAAGUGACGUUUUCCGAGGGGAAUACACCUCUUCAGUGAAUCGACUAGCAGGAAUCAUCGAUGCUUCAGACGAUUCGAUACGCAUAGCUCAAGGUUUUUGCAGAAGACUAGAAGCAGAGGAAGCGGACAUUGAAGAUAUCUCUGCGGUGGAGAACAUUGCUUUGCAUGGUGACAUCAAAUCUCUCAGUUCAUUACCUGUGGUGAUCCGUUCAAAUAUCCUUGACAUACUGGUAGAAGGUACCACAGCCGAUAUCACCAGCCCGAACAUUGCCCACUUCCUCCUCGGCUACAACUUCCGUCAUCGCGACUUCGGUCUGCAAGAAGGAGAAUCAUGUUUACAUGUUAUUCUUCGACAGCUAUGCGAAGGUGCCGAACUGAGCGGUCCCGCGGGAGAGACUAUGAUCAACAUUCACCCGAUACUCGCUGCGAAGAGUGCUCAAUUGAUAUAUCAACUUUUCGCUCAUCCCCUCACCGGCAGAUCCACUCUAUCAUACACCAUGUCAGUCACUGGCUUCUCCGCUCGACAACUCGCUUCUUUCCCUAGGCAAUGCCCCGAAGCUAGUCAACCUACUGGUACCGCUAAAACAUUUGACGAAGAGACUCCCACAACCUCCGAAACUCUCAUCGCCUAUAUCGAGUUCCAGCGUUGGAUCUUAUCCGCAGCUGCUCUCGAAACAUUUACCUAUGAAGGUCAUGGUGCAUCUGCCAAUCACAUUGCUCAGACGCUAUUCCGAGGAACUACCGAGGAGGAAGAUGUGGACGAAGAUGAACUGGUCAGCCAAAGCCCAGCUCUCAUCAUCGAUCUCCUAUCUUCGAUAGAUAUACAGUGGUCCGAAAGCAAUGAAGAGGAAAAUCGAAACCUUGAAUUUUACGGUGGUUUCGACUUCGAUCAGUAUAAACGGGUAGAUGCCGACUGGUGGGAUCUUGAGGCUUUAGAAAAAGGUUUGAAGGCUUUCCGUCGACAAUUAGAGAGACAAGGCGCUGUCACCUCUGCUUCUACCAAAUCGAUGGCUGCUGAAGCGGAAUAUGUAAUCAGAAGACUAGCCAGCAAAAAUAGAGAAACGGAUAUUUCGAUCGCCAAAGGAAACUUUUUGACUUCAUGGAAUGAGAUCUUGAAGGUAUCACUUGCCAUGUUGUUCAAGAACGUCGCGGAAGAACAGCAAGAAGUGGUUCUCUUUGACUUGAUCGAUGCUUUGCUCUUGCGACUCGAAGGUGAUGUCGCUCCUGGAGUAUUGGACUUGUUAUGCGAGUCUGUACUGGUCACCAUGACAACGCUCAUCGACAUUCUAGUUGAGUUCGAAGGUGUCAAUCUACCUAUUGAUCGAUUAUCAGCUACAUUAGCUAGAAUCAUAGAUGCAGCCGUCAGACCUGGAUCGACUGAAACUGCUCGAGGAAACUUAUACGCUUCCAUCACCCAAUACCUCCAACUCGUCAAUAAUUCCUCUUACAAUGUUCCAGAUGAUCGAUCUGUAGUCUCCAAUGAAACCUUGUCGGGUGGUUUACCAACAUCAACCCUCCAACGACCAACAUUGACGGUAUUCGCAGCUAGGAAAGAAAGGCUCUUACCGAUCUUAUGCCGCGAUGCUAUGGAUGAUAGGGAAGUAUGGAAGACCGAAUGUUUCGCCUUGUUAAACGGUAUCAUAUCGAUCUGCUCGAAUGAACGAGAUCGACAUAUCAUCUCACCUCUCAGCUCCAAUGGAUAUCUACCCUUGUUCGUCAGGAGUAUCAAAGAACGGGAAUUGUCGUUACAGGAAUGUCUAUCGCCUGAACAUGAAAACCUGCAUGCUUAUUGGGUGUUCGAGGCUAAGAUUGCCUUCCUGGUCGCUUUUGCUUCCACGAGAAAAGGUGCAGAGGAAUUGUUAGAUGCGGGGUUAUUUGAAAUCUUCGCUACUUGUGGUUUCAUAAAUAUCCAAAUUGGUGAAGAGGUUAUGGAUGAAGCUGCUGCCACAGAAAUUAUAGCAAGACAGCAUCGAGUCCUCAUUUGCUCUUUACAACUCUUGACUAGAGUCUUAUCUAGCCUACAUCGAUCUGCUAGAUCAGGUGCAGGACAUGCUCUGAGCUUCCUCAACGCUCAUCGUGAAUCGAUACUCGGUCUACUUCGAGAAACCCAGCAAAACAUGACUUCGACAAGUAUCGAAGAAUGUCGAUUGAUAGUAUCGAUCUUGUGCAUGGUAGUUCAUAAGGUCCCUUCGGAAAAUAUCCUUUCACCUACCGGAUUCGGUGCAUUCCACUUAGCUACUUUGGCAACCGCAGCCAGCUUUUUCGAUAGAGAUAGCUGGAUAGAUGAACUUGAUGACGAUAAUUCUCAACUCGAAAAUGAGGUCCUCUUACUCAACCAGGUGUUCCUGUCGUACCUUGUCGCAGCUACUUCUGGUAUGAAGAGUGGAAAUGGCAAUCCUGUUCUAGUCACUGGUGCACAGAGGAGUAAUGGUGCAAGCUCGAAAUAUAUAGCCUCUGCUCCGUCAUUACAUAUGGCUGUGAAUUUCCUGUCUGAUCUCGCAGAGAAUGUACAAGAGAUUUCGAACCAGUAUGAGACUAUCCUAGAUAGGAUACAGGACGGUGGUGAAUUGGAAGAUGAGGAUGUUCAGAAAUUGCGCACUCCCGAUAUGAUAGGUGACGAGCCGUUGACAGAAGAUAUAAUCAAAGCUGCUUUCGUGACUAAGAGUCAAACGAUAUUCAAUAUGAUCGAAUCGCUUUUACUGCUGAUCUGGCGACAUCUACUAUUCUACGCGAAUGACGUUAGAGGUGCAUUGGAACCCGUUCGACCUAACAACCUUUCAGCGUCGCUUGGAUCAUUUGUCAGCUCUCAGGCGCAGCUCGAGGCCUCGCGAUCAGGUGCAGGUACGAUGAGGAUGUUGCAGAGGGUCGCAGCGAGUUUGAAAGGUACUUUAGUCAGGCUGGAAGAUAUGGAGGUGAAUCUCGAAUUAAGAAUGUUAGCGUCUACGACGUCAAGUAGAGGGAAUGAUGCGUAUUAUGGAAUGUUAGUUAGAAGAUUGAAAGAGUUAACGGCUGGAUUGAUUGGUUCAGGAUCGAGUAUGGAAGAGGAUUGA